UCGGUGGUUCUUCCACAUGUUUUAAUUCUCUCGAGUCUUAUUGAUGUUGUUUAUUUCUUUUUUGGUGUUUUUUCCCUGUCGUUGGCCACCCGUUUCCUUCGCCUUUCCUCACGCCCACCGCCCUAUAAAGAAACUAACGCACGCCUCCCGUCUCCCAGCGUGCACUUCUCCGUUGCCUCAUCUCGUUUCUUCUUCCUUUCUCCGCUUCGUUCAUUUUCGCCUAGAUUGGUUCUUGUGAGGUUUCAGCUUUUAGUUUGUAGCGAUUUGGUUUUGGUCCCUGGUCUGUGUCAUGAAUGCAACCGGCUCCAUGGGGAUCGCCGUCGCCGUAAGACCCUGCUGCCGUCUCCUUGUCGCCCAGCUCUUCCCGGAAUGCCCCUGCCACCAACGCCGCGCCGCCGCCGCCGCCGCCUUCUUCUUCCCCAGAUGCCCCCACGACCGCCGCCGCGCCCCCGCCCUCUCACUCGCCCCUCAGCGCCGAUCCGCUGCGUCCUUGGUCCGCGCCGCCCUCGCCCCGGCGAGGGACGAGGCCGCGGUGUCCGACGCCCGCCGACUGUCCACCGCGGCCGGGCCCGUGCCUGGCGUCGAUAGGGCCUUCGAGCGGAUCUUCGUCCAGGGACUCGCCGCCGUCGAGCCCCUCGUGAUCGAGAGGGUGGCGGAGAAGGAGCGGAUGCUGGUGGUGGAAGAAAAGAGGAAGGUUGAGGAGGUGGAGGAGGAGCGGGUAACGGAGGUGGCCAAGGCGCGGGAGGUUUCGGAGUCGGAGAAGGAGGCGUGGAGACUGUUGAAGAAUGCGGUGGUGGAGUACUGUGGGAGCCCGGUGGGAACGGUGGCAGCCACUGAUCCGGCCGCGGAGGCCCUCAAUUACGAUCAGGUCUUCAUCCGCGACUUCGUGCCAUCCGCCCUCGCCUUCCUCCUCAAGGGGGAGACAGAGAUCGUCCGGAAUUUUCUCCUCUACACCUUGCAGUUGCAGAGUUGGGAAAAGACUGUGGAUUGCUACAGCCCUGGACAAGGGCUGAUGCCGGCAAGCUUUAAGGUCAGAAGUGUUCCUCUGGAUGUAAGUAAGGAUGAAGUUGAGGAGAUGCUGGACCCUGAUUUUGGCGAAUCAGCAAUUGGACGUGUUGCUCCAGUAGAUUCUGGUUUGUGGUGGAUUAUCUUGCUAAGAGCUUAUGGAAAGAUUACUGGGGACUAUACAUUACAGGAGAGAGUGGAUGUGCAAACUGGCAUCAAACUUAUCCUGAAUUUAUGCUUAUCUGAUGGGUUUGACAUGUUUCCUACUCUCCUUGUCACCGAUGGCUCUUGCAUGAUAGAUCGACGAAUGGGCAUUCAUGGACAUCCUCUUGAAAUCCAAGCUUUGUUCUACUGUGCUUUGCGUUGCUCACGUGAAAUGAUUGCCGUCAAUGAUGGAUCAAAGAGCCUGCUGCGUGCUAUUAAUAACAGACUCAGUGCCCUAUCAUUCCACAUCAGAGAGUAUUAUUGGGUGGAUAUGAAGAAGAUCAAUGAGAUUUAUCGUUACAAGACAGAAGAAUAUUCCCAAGAUGCAAUUAACAAGUUCAACAUCUAUCCUGAGCAAAUCCCUGGUUGGCUAGUGGAUUGGGUUCCUGAAAAAGGUGGUUACUUUAUUGGGAAUCUUCAGCCAGCCCACAUGGAUUUUAGGUUCUUCUCGCUGGGUAAUUUAUGGGCUAUUGUCUCAUCUUUGGCCACUCCAAGACAAGCUGAGGGCAUUCUCGAUCUUAUUGAAGAAAAAUGGGAUGACCUUGUUGGGAAUAUGCCACUGAAGAUAUGUUAUCCUGCUUUAGAGUACGAAGAAUGGCGCAUAAUUACAGGGAGUGAUCCAAAGAAUACGCCCUGGUCAUAUCAUAAUGGUGGAUCAUGGCCUACUUUGCUGUGGCAGUUCACGUCGGCUUGCAUCAAAAUGGGCAGGCCUGAAUUGGCCCGAAAGGCAAUUACCAUAGCUGAGAACCGACUUUCAAACGACAAGUGGCCUGAAUACUAUGAUACUCCAACUGGCAGAUUUAUCGGAAAGCAAUCACGGCUUUAUCAAACAUGGACAAUUGCUGGGUUCCUGGCUUCAAAAUUGCUGUUGGAGAAUCCAGAAAUGGCUUCCAUAUUGACAUUCGAGGAAGAUCUUGAGCUUCUGGAGGGCUGUGCCUGCAACCUGAUCAAGAGUCCUCGGACCCAAUGCUCCCGCCAUGCUGCCAAGUCACAUGUCCUUCAUUGACUAUAUCAACAUAUCUUUUUUCAUUUUUUUCUUGAUGGUUAUAUUAUGUAUAGUAGAAAGAAAUCACACAUGGAAGGGAUCCACCUCCAUACUUGAAGAGAGAGAAUGGAGCCCCUUCCUGUCUAGCUAAAGAUGAAAUUUGUUUGCCCAGUGGUCUCAUGAUGCAAUGCUCAUUGUUUUUGUUGAGCUACCAUCCAUGGUGACUGUGUGGGCUUGAUGAUGCCCAAUGCUGGGCUUCAAUUGAUGUGUAUAUGUUGACGACACAUUGAUUACCAGUAACCUCUGUACCCGGAUUAAGUUUAUACGACUGUCUGUCGUGAAUUGUAUUCCAAAGUUUAGUUGGUGUUGUGAUUAAUUUUAGUUUCAAC